AUGAGCUCGGCGAUCACGGCAUGCUUCCAGCGUCACUGGACGGUCGAGCCGCCGGCAAAGACGCCAGAGGAAAUCGAGGCCGAAAAAUACCUCAUCUGCAUCCCGCUCUGGGGCAACCGGUUCCUCACGGUCAAGUCGAUCCCGUUCAACCGCUGGUACCUCUUCGCCGCGUCGUUCCUCUGCCAAUUCUGCUGCGGCUCGCUCUACUCGUGGUCCAUCUACAACGUCCCGAUCGACACGUACAUCUACGACGACCCGAAGGCCGGGAAGGCCGUCUACACCUUCUACAUGGCGUGCGGUCUCCUCGGCAGCACGGCCGCGGUCCUUGGCCCGUGGCUCGAGCGCAACGGCCCACGCCGCGGCCUCUUCCUCGGUGUCUCGAU